GGGUGGGAAGGUGGAGAGAGGGUGGGAAGGAGGCGAGCAAAGGACAGGGGAAGUGAGGCUUCUCAGGAUCUGGCCUGGCGGAGAACAUGCCGCCAGGCGCCCUCACCUAGUCCACCAGAGGACCCGGGCCACGCCGCCAGGCCCCGCCCCCCGCGGCCUCCGUUCCGCCCUCCCCGGGAUUUAGUCCCGGCAGCCUGGGAGGCUCCCCAGCCGCCGCUUCCGCCUUCGCGAGGUGAGGGUCCGGAGAGGCAGGGGCGCCGGCGAGCGGGCUGGAGGGGCGGCCGUCGCUUGGGAGCGCGUCCGCGGGUGCUGAGCCUCCCCUCCCCAGUCCUUACCUUCCACGGGCGCGUCUCCUCCUGUCCCCCAUCUCGUGCUUUCCCCUUCUCACCUGGCUACCGGUGCUGGUCUCCCAGCGUCCUGGGCUUUCGCCUUCCCCGCCCCUGCUCGUGCUCGAUUCCUCGCCACCUCCGAGUGUCCAUCUGGACCCUGCCUGGGGUCCUCCGCUUCUUCCGGCCUUUACUAAGUAGGGGGAGGGAGGGGACCAGGUGUGUGUGCAGGCAGCCGGCACCCAGAUCACCUAGAGCCUUAUUUAAUAAAGAUUGGUGGAGUUGCCCUGGAGCCAGGUUAGAGCGAGUGACUCAGGUGUGUCGGCCAGGCUCUGUACCUGGAGCUGAGCUCAGGUGGGUGUGGAAGGGACUGUGCACCUGGCAGACUGGGUGGCUCUGAGCAGUACGUGAGCUUAACCGCCCAUCACAAAUGCCCGAUUUGAUUUCAAAUGUUGCUGCCUCGGGUGUAGAGGAGGCAGUGACCCUGGGCGUCUCUGGGCAGAGGAGGCAGUCUGCCCACAUAACGUAGGUAUGUGUGGACACUGUAACUUGAUGUCUUGUGUGUUGUGUGUGUUUGUGUGGACCUGGGUGUCUCAGACAUGAGGCGGUGUAUCUUGGAGGCAGUGAACUCAACAUGUCUCAAGUAGGUGUGUGUGAGGGGUACCUGGCAGGAAGCUUGGUGUUCUACCGCAGCGUAUACUGGAAUGCCUCAGCUUUGAGAGGACAUGUAUCUGGGUGUCUCAGGUGUCUUUUGCAUCAUAUCUAUAGGAGUGUGUGAGUGUGUGUGUGUGUGUGUGUGUGUUGUACCUGCAUAUCUCAGGUAUGGUGUGGUUAGUGUAUCUGGGCAUCUCUGGAGUGUAUGUGGUGGGUCAGGAUGUCUCAGGUGUACCUGAGUGGGUGUGUACAAGGGUGCACCUCAGGCCCAAAAGAUGGUGAAUCUGGGUGGCCUAGGGGUACGGGCAGUGUGCCAUAAUAGCUCAAAGUGAGCAGGGCCACACACCUGAAGUUUGUGCAGCGCUGAAAUCUUAGGUGUGAGGAGAACAUUCUUCCUGGGGUUUGUGUGUGUGAGGGGCAGGAAUCCUGGUUGGUUCUGGUGUCCCUCCCUCUGUACCUGAGUAUUUCUGAGGGGUUGAGGGUGGAGCAGGCAACCAUGUCUCUGGUUCCUGAGUGUCUCAGGUGCCCACCCUGGGCCAUGUGUCUGGAGGACAGGGCACCACAGGGGUUCCUCCUCCAGACAUGCUCCACGAGGCGGGCUCCCUGUGGCUGCUUCGGCUGCUCCAGGAUAUCCAGCUGGCCCAGUUUUACCGACCCAUCCUUGAGGAGCUUAAUGUUACUCGGCCAGAGCACUUCGACUUUGUAAGACCUGAGGAUCUGGACGGCGUUGGCAUGGGCCGGCCUGCCCAGCGUAGACUGGCUGAAGCUCUGAAGAGGCACCGUUCGGGGCUCAAGUCUAAGAACUGGGUCUACAAGAUCCUUGGGGGCUUUGCCCCAGGGCAGAAGGAGACCACCCCACCCUCAGACAGCCUUCCAUCCCUCCCUGAGCCAGAUGGGGGACUCAAGUGUCUGAUCCCAGACCGGGCUGUGUGCAGAGGGGAGCUUCUGGGCUCCGGCUGCUUUGGUGUGGUGCACCGAGGGCUGUGGACACUGCCCAGUGGCAAGGCUGUCCCAGUGGCUGUCAAGUCCCUCCGGGUGGGUCCCGAAGGCCCCGAGGGCACUGAGCUAGGGGACUUCCUGCGAGAGGUAUCCAUCAUGAUGAACUUGGAACACCCACACUUGCUGUGUCUGCACGGCCUCGUACUGGGCCAGCCUCUGCAGAUGGUGAUGGAGCUGGCGCCCCUGGGCUCCCUGCACGCACGCCUGACCGCCCCGGCCCCCACGCCCCCGCUGCCCGUGGCCUUGCUCUGCCUCUUCCUGCGGCAGGUGGCGGGGGCCAUGGCGUACCUGGGGGCCCGCGGGCUGGUGCACCGAGACCUCGCUACGCGCAACUUGCUGCUGGCUUCACCGCGCACAAUCAAGGUGGCUGACUUCGGGCUGGUGCGGCCGCUGGGCGGCGCUCGGGGCCACUACGUCAUGGGCCGACCCCGCCGCAUCCCCUACGCCUGGUGUGCGCCGGAAAGCCUGCGCCACGGGGCCUUCUCUUCUGCCUCGGACGUGUGGAUGUUUGGGGUGACGCUGUGGGAGAUGUUCUCCGGGGGCGAGGAGCCCUGGGCCGGGGUCCCGCCGUACCUCAUCCUGCAGCGGCUGGAGAAGGACCGAGCCCGCCUGCGUAGGCCUCCGCUCUGCUCCAGGGCCCUCUACGCCCUCGCCUUGCGCUGCUGGGCCCCCCACCCUGCUGACCGGCCCACCUUUUCCUACCUAGAAGGGCUGCUCCAAGAGGCCUGGCCUCCUGAGGGACGUUGUGUGAGGGAUGUCACAGAGCCCGGUGCUCUGAGGAUGGAGCCUGGUGACCCCAUCACUAUCAUCGAGGGCAGCCCCGACUCCACAACCUGGAAGGGCCAGAAUGGUCGCACAUUCAAAGUGGGCAACUUCCCAGCCUCGGCAGUGACGCUGGUAGACUCACCAGCCACCCGUCCAGUCCUCAGAGGCUCCCCUGCCCGGGGAGAGCGACACCAGGGAAACAUAGAUGGGGACAGAGUGAAGGUAAAGCUUCGGGAUCCCCCUCCAGCUCGGGGCCAGAGAAGGGAUGUGGCCCUGCAGAGGAUGAAAGGCAUUUCCAAGAGUCUGGAGUCGGUUCUGUCCCUGGGCCCCCGCCCCACAGGAGGUGGGUCGAGCUCCCCCGAACUUCAACAUGCCAGAACUGUGCCCCAGGGACCCCCAGGCGUGCCCCCCCGCUCCCCCGUAGCCACCAGCUCCUCUUCCCAGCCCAGCCAGCCUCCCAGGGAGCGGCCUCCCUGGCCCAAAAGAGAACCCCUACACAGUCACCCUGUGGGAGCGCCUGGAGCCAGCAAAGCCACCGUCCCCUCUGGGGGACCCUUGCCUGACCCCGAGUUGCAGAGGAGGAUUAUGGAGGUGGAGCUGAGCGUGCAUGGAGUCACCCACCAGGAGUGCCAGGAGGCUCUAAGAGCCACCGGGGGUGACGUGGUUUCUGCCAUCCGGAACCUCAAGGUGAACCAGCUCUUCCAUCUCAGCAGCUGGUCCAGAGCGGACUGCCGGCGCAUCCUGGAGCGUUACCAGUGGGACCUCUCAGCCGCCAGUCGCUACGUCCUGGCACGGCCCUGAGCUCUGCUCCUUUGGGCACAGACACCAGAUGGACCAAGGGCCUGGUCACGUGGGACCAAGCAGAACCGGAACAAGGUCCUGACAGGGUGUGUUCCCACCCGGGGAGAGCCUGCCAUGGGCAGGUACCGGAGGAGCCCAGGAUCGGGCACUGGUGAGUGCCUCCUCACCCUGCCCGUUGGUCUCUGAGGGCGUGAGCUCCCUUGGCCAUAGGAGGAUCUAGUGCACUCUGCCCACCACAUUCCCAACAAAGGAGGACUUGGAGGAACAGAGCUGCGACACAUCACACACAUGGGAAGCUUCUAUCGCUACAGAAAAUGAGCAAGAGGCCAUUCUGGGCCGCGGGAACAACCAUCCUGAACUGCCAUCAGCUACCACACUGGGCUCUGUGGGAGCAGCCAUCCUGGAUGACCGGAGCAGCCAUCCUGACUUGGGGCAUAUGGACCAAACUGCCUUGGCUUGGUCUGGGGCCAUCAUGGGUGAUGAAAGUGGCUCUCUUGGACUCGAGGACACUUGAUCCUGGCAGCAUGGAUUAUGAGAUGGGCCAGCCCCCGCCCAUCCAAGCUGUCAUAUUUCCCUUUGUUUCUUCCCACACCCAACUCUUUCUCCUGCCCUCUCCCAAUACAUACAUCUUCCAAUGUCC